AUGGCUGAACAAGAGUUUCCUCAACGCCUAGUGCCUAUAGGCAAGAUAGGAGAAUUCGAUCACGAAAAAAGGAAGACUGGCCUGCGUACCAAGAACAGAUGGAGUCCGAAGACGUAUGGACUACUACAAAACUUGGUAGCACAAGAGAAGCUGUCAGAGAAGACACUGGAGGUCUUACAAAGAGAGUCGUCUGCAUAUUAUGUGUCAAAGCCUUUGGCAAGAGCAGAACGUUUCAAGUUUCUGGGAAUAUGCCAGCAACCAAAUGAAACGGUACUAGACUUUAUGGCUCAACUCAGAAAGAUGGCAGAGCACUGCAAAUUUGGAGCAACGCUUGGAGAUCUAACUUUAGCCAGGGCACUGAAAAUAGUGCAAGCAAUGGGGACUGCAGAGAAACAGUCUGCGCAAAUGCGAAAUGUGUCGGAAACAGAAGCUAGGAAGGCUGAUGUGCAAGUCAUCACAGCAAGGAAAUAUGCAAGUGGAGAAGAGUCAGCUGAUCGCAAAGACCCAUUGUGUGAACACAGAUAUGGUGAGAAAGCAGGAAGAAUCUUUUUUACAAUGAAUAUUGAGCACACACCUAGCGUGAUGGUGCAAAUGAGUGUUAAAGAGAAACAGCUGCAAAUGCAAGUUGACACCGGCGCGUCUGUGUCAAUAAUCUCUCAACGUACGUGGAAGCAGUGUUUCUCACAGUUGAAGCCUGUUCAUUCUGCCACAGUAUUGAAAACAUAUACUGGAGAGCUACUUCAUGUGAUUGGCGAGAUAACAGUAGAUGUCAAAUACAACAAGCAGCAAGUCAAACAACUUCCGUUGUUUGUUGUUUCUGGGGAAGGACCGUCUCUAGUAGACCGUAAUUGGCUACACAGGAUCCGGUUGAAUUGGCACAACAUCUGUGUCUUAUCUCCCGCAUACAGCGUAAAUGAGUUGAGGAAACAAUUUCCAGAGCUGUUCAAGGAAGGCCUGGGAACUGUACAAGACUACACGGCAAGAUUAGAGACUGAUUCACCUCCACAAUUUUUCAGACCAAAAUCUGUGCUAUAUGCAUUGAAGGAUGCCAUUGAACAAGAUUUAGAACGAAUGGUACGCCUGGGAGUAUUGGAAAAGGUCAGCACAAGCAAGUGGGCUGCUCCCAUUGUUCCUGUUCCCAAGAGUGAUGGAAGCGUGAGGAUUUGUGGCGAUUACAAAGUUACAGUAAACAAGGGAUUGACAGUAAAGACUCACCCCUUACUGAUGCCUGAUGAUCUAUUUGUGACAUCGGCUGGAGGUGGAGUUUUCACAAAACUGGAUUUGGCAAAUGCAUACCAGCAAGUACUAUUGGAGGAAGAGUCAAGACAUGUUGUUACUAUCAAUACGCAUAAAGGGUUGUAUCGUUAUACCCAACUUCCUUUCGAAAUUUCAAGCGCACCUGCAAUUUUUCAAAAUGUUAUGGACCAGGUGUUGCAAGGGCUAGAUGGAGUGGUCUGCUACUUAGAUGACAUUUUGGUGUCAGGCAAAUCAGCAAGAGAGCAUUGGAAAAAUCUAGUUGUGGUCUUGACAAGACUCGAAAACCAUGGUCUUCGUCUCAAGUUGAACAAAUGUGUGUUCAUGGCAACAUCAGUGGAGUAUCUUGGUUUCCAUAUUGAUUCCUCAGGUCUACAUGCCUCAAGUAAGAAAGUGGAAACAAUCCAAGCUGCUCCCCAACCCCAGAAUGUGUCGCAGCUGCGUUCUUUCUUAGGAAUUAAAAUUGCUUGUGAUGUGUCUCCAUAUGGAGUUGGGGCAGUCAUUUCACAUGUGCUAGCAGAUGGCAGUGAGAGACCAAUUGCCUUUGCAUCACGUACUUUAACAGAUACAGGCGGAAUUAUUCCCAAGUGGAUAAGGAAGCUUUGGCUUAGUCUUUGGCGUUUGCCGAUUCCAUCAGUAUUUGCAUGGAAGGAGUUUCACGUUAGUCACUGA